AUGAGAAGAAGUACCCGUUCAAAACUUAAAAUUCUUAAUAAUAUCAAGCCUCUUGCUAAAUACAAUAACACUACUUCAAAUCGAAGUUCUAAAAGUCAAAGCUCUGAUAGUCAAACUGUACAAAGAACAAAUCCUAAACGCCGUAAAAUGAAAGUGUCGAAUGUUGAGGAAUUGGAAGAAAAUGUUGAUGUGAUGGAAUCUGAAACUGUAUUUAGCGAAAAAUAUGAUGAUCAAUCUGUUUUAAAUGAAAAUAACAAAGAUGAUGAUUCCCUUUUUAAAAAUCCUAAUCCAAAUAUG